CUCUGCCGGUUCCGGCGCACUGCGGGCGCGGCAUCAACACCACCCAUGGCCACCACCCCCAUCCACAAGCGACGUCGCAGGUUUCUACGCGGGCGCGUUGCGUCUCCAGCCGUCUUCCGCCAUUCAAAGAAUCCUUUGUUCCUCCGGCCCCAUCCGCCUACCUUCAAUCUCCUCCGGAGGGGCAUGGAUGAUUUGCCGCCGAGCUGUGCUGAAUCGGGGGGCUGGCGUCCGUGGCAUUCAGAGCUCCAUUUUGCGCUUAGCAGUAGAUUCAGUUCUCUGCAGUCAAUAGCUCCAACACUCCUGGACAUGGAUAUUGGGUUAACGUGACUGCGAACAAUGGCGGACCCAGAAAUACAACCUAUGCAAGAUUAUUAACUGCUAAUAACUAUAGGCGGGAUUAUCAUCUGGGUUCAAAUAUUUGGACUUAUGUGCUCCUUUGAGGCGGCGAGGCAGCCACACCCACACGCAGUGGCCUGUGGCGCCUGGGCGAAAGCACUUGCAGGUCUGAGAAGAAUCAAUUUAGAUGGGCUUCGAUGGCGCGUAUUUGAUGCUAAGGGUCAGGUGCUGGGACGAUUGGCUUCCCAAAUAGCCGUUGUGCUUCAAGGCAAGGAUAAACCGACCUAUGCGCCACAUGUGGAAAAUGGAGACAUGUGCAUUGUACUUAAUGCACAGGAUAUCAGUGUUACAGGAAGGAAAAUGACAGAUAAGAUUUACUACUGGCAUACAGGGUAUGUUGGCCAUUUGAAGGAAAGGAGGCUCAAGGACCAGAUGGAGAAAGACCCAACUGAAGUGAUUCGCAAAGCUGUGCUGCGCAUGCUUCCCCGCAACAAACUGCGUGAUGAUAGGGAUCGCAAGCUGCGGAUAUUUUCUGGAAUUGAGCAUCCAUUCCAUGACCGCCCUCUUGAAGCUUUUGUGAUGCCACCACGGCAAGUACGGGAGAUGCGACCCCGUGCAAGGCGUGCAAUGUUAAGGGCCCAGAAAAAAGAGCAUUCAAACAGGGCCAAGGAGGAAGAAGAUGCUAAGAAUGCCACAGCUGAGGUCACUGCAUAGGCUCCUCAUGUGAAUUUGCAUGAUGCAAAUUUGCUCGAUGCUGUUUUAGGCCUAUCUUUUUUGCUUGGUAGCCUUUUCCAGUGGAAUAGGCACUAGAGGCUCGGAAUGUGCCAACCUCGUUCUGAAUCACCUUUUUAUUUCCAUUGCAAUUUGUAACUGGAACCCUGCCUGUCACAGCUGCUUUCUUUUGUAAGCGAAUAAGACCGUCUGAAUUGUUGAACUUCUGAUCUCAUGAGUGCACAAGAAUGUCUCCAGGGACAUCUUCUAUCCUUUCUUUACGUGUCACUAGGUGAGUGUCCGUACGUUGCAACGGAAACAUAUAUAAUACUAAGAUAAUUUAUGUGCGAA